CAAACACAAAUGUAAAAAGAAAUAGCCUUGAAAUUAGGACACCCAGGGCCUUUCCCCUAACUCAUCUGUGCUCCUUCAAGAAGCUGUUUCCUUCACCAAGCAGAAGCUAUGGAAGAUUUCUGAAUCCUGGAGGACACCCAUCUCAAAUCACAAGGAAGCAUGGGUUAAGAUUUAGGAGUUAGGAAUUGGGUGCUAGGCUUGAAACGCCGGAGUAAAAUUUUGGUUAGUUGGGGUUUUAUCACCAUGGAUGGUUCUGAGGAAUCUUCUGAAUCUAGGUCUGCUGUAACGAGUUCGAAAUCUAUGGGAAAUGGGGUUUCAAGUGAAGAUGAUAGGUGCCCAAAGCAAGUGUCGCCGCUUAGAGGUGGUGGGUCGAGGAACACGAGUCCGUUGGGUUGUGUAAGAUCAAGGAAUACAAGCCCUUCGAGGCAAAAGGUGGUUAAGACAAAGCCGCGAGGACUAGAUGAAGAAACGGCUUCUACAUUUGGGAAACCAGUUCAUCCUGAUGUUCAAAUGGAGGAUAAUAUAUGGGCAAUGUUGCCCGAGGAUUUGUUGAAUGAGAUAUUAGCUAGAAUUCCGCCGUUUAUGAUAUUUAGGCUCCGCUGUGUAUGUAAACGGUGGAAUACAAUUCUACAAGAUAGAAGCUUUCUUAAGUUUCACUCACAAGUACCGUCUCAUGGGCCUUGUCUUCUCACAUUUUGGAAGAACUCUCAGACCCCACAAUGCUCAGUCUUCAGCUUGCCAUUAAAAACAUGGUAUAGGAUUCCGUUCGCAUUUUUGCCACAGUGGGCAUUCUGGUUGGUUGGUUCUUCUGCUGGUUUAGUUUGCUUUUCCGGGCUCGAUGGCUUAAAUUUUAGAGCCUUGGUUUGUAACCCUCUUACACAAACUUGGAGGACAUUGCCCAGUAUGCAUUAUAAUCAGCAAAGGCAGCUGAUAAUGGUUGUUGAUAGGAAGGACCGGUCGUUUAAAGUUAUAGCUACUAGUGAUAUUUAUGGUGACAAAUCACUGCCCACUGAAGUAUAUGAUUCGAAGCUCAAUACGUGGUCAAUUCACCAGAUAAUGCCUGCAGUUAAUCUUUGCUCCUCAAAGAUGGCAUAUUGUGACUCCAGAUUAUAUUUGGAAACCCUUUCUCCACUUGGCCUGAUGAUGUAUCGACUGGACACAGGGUACUGGGAACACAUUCCAGCUAAGUUCCCGCGGUCUCUAUUGGAUGGUUAUUUGGUCGCUGGCACCCAGAAGCGCCUGUUUCUAGUUGGAAGGAUUGGUCUUUAUAGUACUCUUCAGAGUAUGAGAAUUUGGGAACUGGAUCAUGCUAAAUUUGUGUGGGUAGAGAUUAGCAGGAUGCCUCCGAAGUAUUUCCGAUCUCUGUUAAGGUUAUCAGCCGAGAGGUUCGAGUGCUCUGGACAGGAUAACUUGAUCUGCUUCACAUCUUGGAACCAAGGGAAGGGUCUUCUUUACGAUGUUGAUAAGAAGGUGUGGUCAUGGAUCGCAGGCUGCGCUCUGCAGUCAUACAACAGCCAGGUUUGUUUCUAUGAGCCAAGAUUUGAUGCUUCCGUAUACUAAGCAGAAAAUUUUGCUCUCCAGGUUUCGCAAUUACUAGUCAGAGAAUUAUUAGCGGAUACCAUCUCCAGUUGGCGUUGUUCUCUUGAUCCAUUCUUAUGCUACUUAAAAAAAAUGAUGCUCGAUGGAUUCAAGGUAUUUGACACUGGACUUGUUGGCUAAUCUUUCGAGUUGAACAGCCUCAUGGAUUGGCAAUGUGAGUGCAUCCCAGAAAAACCAGUUUUGUAAAUGAGAUAUUAUCUGCUGCUCUUGCGAUAUUACCCUAAUACAAGGGCUUUGUGAUGUCUAUUGUCUAGUGAUUGAGCAAGGCUUUAGUUUUGAGACAAAGGCUGGGCUUGGUAGAGAAAGAACAUGGUCGAUCGGGGUAAAAACUGUAAGAAGGCAACUUUUCCAAUUCUUGUAAACAUUUGGAACCAUUAACAAACCAACCUGUAUAUUUUGAAGUGUUA